GUGGGUGGCGGCGGUGUGCAGAGGCCUCCUGCGCACAUCAUGGCCCUGGCCUUUGCCGCAGCGCCCGCGGCGCCCACCGCCGGCCCCGCGCCCGCGCUGCGCCCCGCCGCCUCGCCCGGGCUCGCCGCCGAGGGCGGGCCGGGCGUCGGCCUCGCGUCCGCGGCGUGCGCGCUGGCGGCCGCCGCCGGGGUGGCGUCCGCGGCGGGGCACCGCCGGGCCCCAGCCAGGAAGCCCGCGGCCGCCCCGGCCCUGCGUGCCUUCGAGAACGAGCUCGGCGUCCAGCCGCCCACCGGCUUCUGGGACCCCGCGGGCUAUUGCUCGGACGGCGACGCGCAGGAGUUCUAUCGCCGCCGCUGCGUCGAGAUCAAGCACGGCCGCGUCAGCAUGAUCGCCUGCAUCGGCUACAUUGUACCGGAGUACUUCAAGUGGCCUGGCUAUCUCAGCCCCUCUGACGGCAUACAGUUCGCCGACGUCCCGCACGGGCUCGACGCCAUCACGCGGGUGCCGGCCGUGGGAUGGUUCCAGAUCGUGCUAUUCGGCCUGUCCAUGGAGCUGUUCGCGGCGUACCAGGACCCUACGAAGCUGCCCGGCAAGCUCAGCUCUCGUCUCGUCAUCGCCCUGACCGAGAUCAGGAACAAGAGCAUCGCAGGCGGCGUCAACAACAGUGGCUACGAGUUCGGCCCCUUCGGCAUUCCCAACGCCCCGUCCAUCAAGGACCCCGAGGUGCGCAAGCAGAAGCUGAACGCGGAGAUCGCGAACGGCCGCCUCGCGAUGGUCGCCAUCAUGGGCCUGAUGUUCCAGAACGGCACCGUCGGCACCACCGGCCCGGAGAUGUGGCUCGGCGCCAGCGCGACGGCGCGGGGCACACCCGAUCAGGUGUCGUACGGCGCGGGGCUGAAGCCGAAGACGAACAUGUCCCCGCGCCCGGAGUAUCUGGACGACGGAGAGUCGAUGCCCAUGCCGGCGCUGCCCCCGCCAGCCGGGAGCGCCCAGGCGAAGCUCCCGAUGGCCCUGCGGGGCACCGGGGGGCCGUUCCCCGACGACGUCUGGGACCCGCUGAACCUCAUGGAGGGCAAGAGCGAGGAGCAGCUGCUGCACUGGCGCGCCGUGGAGCUGAAGCACGCGCGCGUGGCCAUGCUCGCGGUGCUGGGCUGGUUCCACGUUGCGACCGGCUGGCACCCCGUCGGUGACGCGGCCGCGCGCAUGCGCGUCUCGGACGAUCCUCUGAUCAACUACACCCAGCUGCCAAUCGGAGGCGCUUUCCAGGUCGUGUUCACCAUCAUGGUCACGGAGUGGCUCUUCCUCUACGUGUGCAAGCCGCCGAAGGAGGCGCCUUGGGACCUCGUCGGCUGGACACCCACGCUGGUGGCGGAUCAGAACCAGCCGGAGUGGAAGGAGAGGCAGCUGUUCGAGCUGAACAACGGCCGCCUGGCCAUGGUCGCCUUCUUCGGCCUCGUGUUCCAGGACAUGGCCACCGGCGACUACGGCCCGUUCUUCGGGACCCCGAGCGCGUCCGGCGUAGCGAACGGGGCCGGGAGCUUCGACGGCCUCGAGCUCUUCCCCGGCGUGCCGAUGCCCAAGAGCCCGGGCGGCCUGACCCCCAACGUCUACCCUCCGGUGGGCUUCAUGAGCUACGACCCGCCGCCGCUGUGA